AUGUAUGACGAAAUACGGGAAAACGUGCUACAUUACAUCGAGGUAUUGGCUAGGCCAAUGGUGAUGUAUCAAAAUGAUCACCCCAUAUAUUGGACUCCUGCAUACGUUGGGGGAAGGGUUCGAGUUGCCAAUGUUUUAGGUGUUGUAGGCACAGAUGUAUCUAUUGAUCAAAUCAAGAAGUUGGUGCCAUCAUACAAACUUGGAGUUAAUGGUUAUUCUUUUAUUGUGAACAAUAAUGGACACGUUCUUUAUCAUCCGGAUUUAAGGCCAUUGGAGAAUAACGACCUAUAUGAGGACACAUUGGAACCAAAAUACAUAUCAGCUGAUUUAACAGAAGUGGAGUUGGUUGAAAAUGAAAACGGUCCUCGAGAAAACCAUACUCUUCUUCUAGAUUUGAGGCACGAUAUGAUUGACCAGAAAGAGGGCGAGACUGAAAUUGGGGUGAAAGUGCAUUACGAUAACAUGCGGCGAGUAACUACUAGAAGGAAUAAAUAUUUUUACAAUCCCAUAGAGGGAACACCGUUUUCAUUAGGUCUGGCCAUUCCAGAAGGCUACGGCAUGUAUGAGCUCUUAGCUGAGCAGGAGAUAAAACAUAGCCAAAAGAAUGGUAUGAUAGUAACUUUUUUUUUGAAAAUAUCAGCAGUAAUUCAUUUUGUUUCAGUGAGUGACUAUUUUAAGGGCGAAAACUGGAGAGUACAUCCUGACUGGGUAUAUUGUGAAUACACCAGUGGUACCUCAGGAGAGCAGUGGUUUAAAACCGCCGAAGAGCGUGUACUACACUUUCUCUUGAGAAGCCGAAGGCCAGGAUGGAAAUGGAUGUCUCUCAGGCCCAGGUCACCCUUACAAAGAGAGCACCAUCAUGCCUCUGCAAAGCAAGACAAGGACGCAUAUUACUGUGACAAAACAUUAAUACAGUCUCUCGUUUUGGAUGCUAUGGUAACAGAAGGUUUAGAAAAACAUCCAGUUAGGUCCGACAAGCAAUGGAAAAGAGAAAACCAAAAAUGUUCUACAAAAAAACUUACAGUAAAAAAGCAAAAUGAUAAUGAAGUGGUAAUAAACGAGGAUGAGCUAAUACUGGAAUAUCGAGAAAAAGAAAUGUGCACAGGAUCUUCUUCUUGCAAAAAGACAUGCGCAAGUGAUAAGCUCGAUUGCUACGUUUUGGAUAAUAACGGUUUUAUAAUUAUAUCUGAAAAUAACGAUGACACCGGUCGAUUUUUUGGCCAGAUAGAUGGAACUAUUAUGGACUCUUUAGUUCAAGAUAGAAUUUACGUAAAAGUACCAGUAUACGAUUAUCAGGGAGCUUGUUCUAAUAGUAAAUUUCACUUUAGUGGAAGUUCCAACAAAUUAUCGAUAUUUAGUCCAGUCAACACGGUUUUUGGUUGUAUAAUUCAAACAAUAUUUUCUCUUCUGGUGAAUUUAAAUAAGGCUUACACGAAUGCUUUAGCCUAUAAUCGAGAUGAGAGUGAUGAUCUAUUUGGCGUUUAUUCCGAUUAUGAAAUAGAACAGUACACAACUGGCGAAGAAAUUACAGAUGAACAAGACACAGUAUUUUCUCCACCUUCAAACACUUACUCACCAUCUUUUAUUCCACCGUAUGAGUCUGAUCCUAUGGAAGGCGUUGAUGUCGGCAUCAGACCUUGUGAUCGGAAGGUGGACCUGUACAUUUUACAACCAGAGAAGUUGAACACUAGUGGCCAAAGCAAUCCUUUAAAAGGAAAGCUUACGAAUUGUCAUAGUAGCGGCUGUGAAAGCAAACAACUAAGUAUUAUACCUCAAGAAGUUAGUUAUGAAUCCAAAAACGGAGGUUGUCUCCAUAAACCAAAAGAUAGUCUUUAUAGAAAACGACCUCCAAAAUGUAUUAACUAUCAUCCAGAGGAAACAGAAAUUCAUCUUUGUGGAGAGGCAUCUGGGAUGCCUACUAAUGUUGUUGCAGUUUUGAUAGGUUUUGCUAAUUGCCUUGUCGCUUGUCUAUCGUGA